AUGGUGGCCAUCAAUGAUGAAUCCUGUCUGUUCGUCUUUAUCUAUCUAUCUAUCUAUCUAUCUAUCUAUCUAUCUAUCUAUCUCUCUCUCUCUCUAUAUAUAUAUAUAUAUAUAUAUAUAUAUAUAUUACAGUUUGUUCAUAUCGGCCUGUUACGGCCUGUCUAUCUAUCUAUCUAUCUAUUGUCUAUCUGUUCGUCUAUCUAUCUAUCUAUCUAUCUAUCUAUCUAUCUAUCUAUCUAUCUAUCUAUCUAUCUAUCUAUUUUAGUUUGUUCAUAUCUUUCUAUCUAUCUAUCUCGUCACCCCCACCCUCGAACCCGACCAAACCUACCCACGCCUUCGCUCAAUAAACGAGGAGGGGAAAGAAGUAGGAGCCACAAGCCCAUUGCCGAAGUUGUUUCCAAAAUCUAUCUAUCUAUCUAUCUAUCUAUCUAUCUAUCUAUCUAUCUAUCUAUCUAUCAGCGUGUUCCUUAUCUAUCUAUCUAUCUAUCUAUCUAUCUAUCUAUCUAUCUAUCUAUCUAUCUAUCUAUCUAUCUGUUUGUCUGUCUGUCUAUCUAUCAGCCUGUUUAUAUCUAUCUAUCUAUCUAUCUAUCUAUCAGCCUGUUCAUAUCUAUCUAUCUAUCUAUCUAUCUAUCUAUCUAUCUAUCUAUCCAUCUAUCUAUCUAUCUAUCUCUCAGUCUGUUCCUUAUCUAUCUAUCUAUCUAUCUAUCUAUCUAUCUAUCUAUCUAUCUAUCUCUCAGUCUGUUCCUUAUCUAUCUAUCUAUCUAUCUAUCUAUCUAUCUAUCUAUCUAUCUAUCUAUCUGUCUGUUAGACUUUUCUGACGUUUCUCGAAUUCAUUUCUUUUUCGCUCUCAUUUCUUUCUUUUUUUUCAUCUCCUCAAUCUCUGAUCACCUCCUCCUUCCUCUUCCAUUCUCCUUUUCCCUUCACUCUUAUCUCCGUCCUCCCCUUUCAUCUCCUCCAUUUCUGAUCACCCCUCCUUCCUUUUACAUUCUCCUUUUCCCUUCACUCCUAUCUCCGUCCUCCACUUUCAUCUCCUCCAUUUCUGAUCACCUCCUCCUUCCUCUUCCAUUCUCCUUUUCCCUUCACUCUUAUCUCCGUCCUCCCCUUUCAUCUCCUCCAUUUCUGAUCACCCUCCUUCCUUUUACAUUCUCCUUUUCUUUUCAUCCAUAA